AUGGGAGUAUGCCCUGAGGGAGAGAAGGCCUAUAUCAACGCUAUGGAUAUGUCAGUCCGCGAAUGUCUCAUCAACGAGCCGAAUUCCUGCCCCUCCAACUACCUCUGUCGUUUCAACGCUCCGAAAAAUCGCUAUUACUGUUGUGGAUCUACGAAGAGUAGUUACUGUCUGCCUGGUCGCGCUCCUUACAAGGACCAAAUGAGUACACGUGCAAUGCGCUGCACAAUGAAUGCCCGCGUCUCCUCGUGUCCCGAUGGGUUUGAAUGUCAAAGCGAUGUGAAAGAUGCCCUACAGGGUUACUGCUGCUCAGUAUCAGAUAUCUGUCCUAACAAGGAAGAGUACUUUGUGGAUGAAUCUUCUGGAAUGCCACGAGCAUGCUCCAUUGGGCAUUUUGUCACAUGUCCGGCUGGUUUCACGUGUAUGGCUCAAUUUGAUGGGAUUUCUGGAUACUGCUGCAAAGGAGCAGUAAAUCUUACUCCAUCCGACGGUUGCCCACCGGGAGAAGUAGUCUUCAUGGUCAAAAAUGAGGUAUUUCGCUAG